AUGGGGGGUGUAUAAAUGGACCCAUGGAACCAAAGCUCCACAGCCCACAGCCACAUACAUCUUAUCUGACUCUGAGUGGAAGUUUUCAUCCAUGUCUCCGAUUUGCAUUUACCUUUUUGGCUGCCUCGCCGUGAUCUUCCUCUCUCAUCAUCGCCUUCUUUAUUCUGUUGCUGCCGUCGACUUCCUCUACAACGGCUUCCAGCACGCCGCCCAUCUGAGCCUAGACGGCUCGGCGUCAAUCUUGCGCGGCGGCGCGCUCCAGCUUACCAACGACAGCAACAACCUCAUGGGCCACGCCUUCUUCGACUCUCCUGUGCGAGCUCUCAGCGGCAACAACGCCGUCGUCUCCUUCAGCACGGCCUUCGUAUUUGACAUCGUGACCGUCGGCCACAGUGGCGGCCACGGCCUGGCCUUCGUGGUUGCGGCUUCUAAGGUGCUUCCCGGUGCAAGAGCCGAGCAGUAUCUUGGCCUCCUCGGCAAGAACAAUUUGGGCAACUCCAGCAACCACGUCUUCGCCGUGGAGUUCGACACGGUGCAGGCGAACGGGCUGCUGAACGAGACGAACGGCAACCACGUCGGCGUCGACCUGAACAGCCUUGUGUCCAACGUGUCGGAGCCGGCCGCGUACUUCACCGACGACGACGGGAAGAACAUCUCCGUGACGCUCGAGAGCGCACAACGGAUUCAGGCGUGGGUGGACUAUGAUGGCAGCACCAAGGUGCUCAACGUGACCAUAGCUCCGGUGUCCUGGCAAGCCGGCCGGCCUCACCGGCCGCUCAUAUCCCACGUCAUUGACCUCGUGCCCAUCUUUAAGCAAGACAUGUAUGUCGGCUUCUCGGCAGCAACCGGGAAGUUGGCGAGCUCACAUUACAUCCUCGCAUGGAGCUUCCGUACCGGCGGAGAAGCUCAAGCUAUCGAUCUCUCCCGGCUCCCUAAUGUCCCAAAGCCUCCAGCUCCCCCACCUUCCAUGUCCACGGUCAUAAAGAUCGUGGCUGUAUCUUGCGUGGCCACGCUCACCACGAUCGUUUUGGCCAUUGCGUCUGCACUUUGGCUGCGACGGAGGGCCAUCCUCGCGGAGACGCUCGAGGAGUGGGAGCGCGACCACCCUCACAGGUUGCCGUACAAACAACUAUACAAGGCCACCAAGGGGUUCAACAACAGCGAGCUCCUAGGUGCCGGUGGCUUUGGUCAGGUCUACAGAGGUGUGCUCCGCCGCCGGCGCUCCGGAGAAGUCGUCGUAGCCAUCAAGCGGAUUUCGAGCAACGGGACACAGGGGAUGCGCGAGUUCGUCGCCGAGGUUGCCAGCCUCGGGCGCAUGCGGCACCGCCACCUGGUCGAGCUUCGCGGGUGGUGCAAGCGCGGGCAAGACCUUCUCCUGGUCUACGAGUUCAUGCCCAACGGCAGCCUCGACGCGCACCUGUUCGGCCGCGCCGGUACGACCGGCAAGCCGCCAGCUUUGUUGGCGUGGGAACAGCGGGCCAUGAUCCUCAGGGGCGUCGCAUCCGGGCUGGUGUACCUGCACGAGGAGUGGGAGCAGGUGGUGGUGCACCGCGACGUCAAGGCCAGCAACGUGCUGCUUGGCGCGGACUUGGGACCGCGGCUCGGCGACUUCGGCCUCGCGCGCCUCUACGAGCACGGCGCCGACCCCACAACGACGCGCAUCGUCGGGACGCUGGGGUACAUGGCGCCGGAGCUCACCGUGACCGCCAGGGCAACCAAGGCCACUGACGUGUUCGCCUUCGGGGCGCUGCUACUCGAGGUCGUCUGCGGCCGCCGGCCCAUCGACCCCGUCAGCGGCGUCAACCUACUGCGCUGGGUUCGAGACCUCGGCGCCAGGGGCGACCUGGUGCGCGCCGUGGACGAGAGGCUCAACGGGCGCUACGACAUGGAGGAGGCCAAGCUGCUACUGUGGCUGGGUCUCAUGUGCAGCCAGACGCGCCCAGAGGCGAGGCCCAGCAUCCGGCAGGUCUGCCAGUACCUGGACGGCGAGAUGGAAAUGCAGGAGGCGGCCGUGCUCGUCUUCUCCGAUGUCGUCAGCUCCUUCGACUUCGGGUCGUUGCCGCCGACCCUGACGUGGUCCACGUGCAAUACGAUGUCAGUGGGUUCACUUCAUAGUGGGCGGUAACCAAUGCUCGAUCGGUUAUCUGCUCGUCGAUCGCGUCCCUCAGAGUUUCUUCUGCUGAUGCUUGUCGAAUGAGAAACCGGCGGUGUCUUAACAUGCUUCCGCGGCCUGUAUACUGGCUACAGGCCUACAAGUUUCAGAACGCAUAACAUUGUUGAAAUUCGACAUGUUGUUUUUCCUUCGAUUACAGGAAGUCCCCUCCUACCCUGAAGAAGUCACACUUUGAGUUUCAAGUUUGACAUUUGAAGUCCCAAAUUCUAUAUCUGAGCGCACCUGGUGUGUGUGCGCGGGCGUGUGCGUGUGCGUGUGUUUUAGCAAAACCUGUUGUGUGAGCGUUCAAGAUGGGAACGGGUCGGGUCAACCCAGGGAGAGGACAAGCCUUUGAUGCAUCCAUGUCAAAUGGCUUGGAGGUGCCAUUUGCUCACGAGGAUCUCGGCGCCCACGAGAUCUGGGUAAGAAGCCAACCCUGGCUUCGGCGUUCGUUGUCAUGGUCCUAGAAGGGGGCAGGCACAACUGAGUGCUUGAGCGGAUGAGCAGACAUAGGUGCACGGCACGGAGGCAGGGCGUGGCGCCAGCCUAUGCGCCUUGCUGCCUCGCCUCGUCCACCACCCUGGCUCCCGUCUCCCCCCUCAAUCUGUGGAGAGCAACAUCACCAACCAUGUCUCCGGCUGAUGUGACUGGGAGCAUGGCAUGGUGUACAAGGACGGUGAUGCUGACCGGGAGCACACCAUGGUGUAUGGGUGACCGGAUGCUGUUGAGGUGCCAUGGGAGAUGUUCAUCACUGGACUCCUGCAAGAGGAUGAAUGUGAUAUGAUUGUGCCAAGCUGGAUGGUUGAACUCUGAGGCAUGACACGCAUGCCGUGCAGCAUAGCAUCGAGAUCAAAAUGGCAAGUGAGGGAGGUGGUGUUUAGAAAUAUGCUGUUAUUACUCCUCAUGUGGUUGCUCAGAAUCAAGAAUCGGCUUUAGUGUUUAGAACUAUGUUCUUUUCCUAUGUUAAAUAAGAACCAAAUAUUUUGUCUUUGAGGGCAUGUGUCACCACUACAUUGACAAAGAAUAAAUUGAACUGAGUUACGCUUUGAAAAAAAGAGAGGAACACUAUACAUGGCAGCAGCAUUGAUCCUCAUAUCAAAGCUAUAAUACCGAAAAAAAUCAUAACAGGAACAUUAGCAUGCAAAGAUACAUUAGGUUUGGAUACUCUAAUUGCAAUAUUCCUCUUGGUAUUUUAGAACUUGUUCAAGCUAUAUCAUUGUCUCUAGUAAUCAAAAUUGGAUCAUUGGUUUUUACUGCAAUUUUUAUUACAGUAGUAUGGCAUAUAUUCAUCUCAUGCUAACUGAAUUUCAGAGUUGCCAUUUAUUCAAAAUGGUGAGUGUUAAUAUAAGGUGUAACUGCUGCUCCUAAAUUGAAUAGCCAUCCACUUAUAGUAAAAUUUACUAUGCUUUCCAAGUUGUAUUGAUGGUUAACAAUGAAGUAGUGUCUUUCUAAAAUGCAAGAAAGUCUUAACUAUUACAUGUCUUACUCUGAAACCACUUAGUGCCUCCUUGCAGGUCUCAAUUGUUCUUCUUGCAGGUCUUGAUUGUUGUUAUCUUUCUGCAGUUAGCUAUCUUGAAGGCAUUGCUAUACUAAGAUAUAGAUGAUAGGCACGGUCUAUUGGCUGCAGAGUUGUAUCUAUAUAUCAGUUUUGAAACAAUUUAGGAGACCACUUUCAAAAAAAUAACAUUAUAUUUUUGAGCUAAUCUCAUGUGCCUUCCCUAGCAAAAAUAUACCACGUAGUGGAUUCUUCCUAUGUUUUUAGUUUUCAGAAAACAUUGCACAUAUAGCCAGAGUAGAUACAUAUGCUAUCGUUAUUAUUUUUUGCAUAACUCAUUUAUUGCCAUGAUGCCACUGGCAGCACUGAUGUGUGGCAUUGCAGAUGCUCGACGACAUGGCAAGGUUGUCAAGGAGGAUGCCGUCACCGUGAUGCAAGAUGUCAUUAGGCCAGCCAAGGCCUUUGGGGACCUGUUGAGGAAGUGCUUGAGCAAUUUGAAGCUACACGGCAAACUGUACAACCUCCUACUAGUGGUCUUCAACUAAAACAGAACAAUGAUGUAUAUGUGGUCUGAAAAUAGAGAUGCAUUCUCUCCAAGAGAUGGAUUAUGAAAUGUUGUUAGGAAAUGGGUGCGCAAAUCAGAACUGCCUGUUUUAUAUGUGUGUUUCAUUAUGGACUUCUGUGUGUCUGCUUAGGAGUCCAACCCUUAGUCAUCUAAUAAUGUUCUGCUUAAUUAGGCUUCUUCGCAGGAGAAGGAAGCUGCUUGAUCACCAAAUGUAGUGGUUGAUGACAUUGCUGAAUGUGCAUCCCAAUAGUCCCAAACAUGUUAAUUAAUCUGAUUUGGUUGGUUGUAUAGUACUAUUUGCACAUAUAUAUUUAUAGCUUCUUUUCUUUUUC